ACGAACACAGCCACGUUUGGAAUCUGUAUUUACUGCUUUUGUUAGCAGCAAUGGCCGAGGAGGUGCCUUGCUUGAAGGCACGGCUCGCAGAGAAAGACAAAGAGAUUGUCGCUCUGAAGAACCAGUUGGCACAGUUAGAGAAGGACAACAUGUCGUUGCUGGAGCUACAUGACAAAGUGACAAUCCUAGCCCCUCUGAAAUCCAAAACAGCCCUGUCGAGUGAAGACAUAAUGCGCUACAGCAGACAGCUGCUUCUGCCAGAUCUCGGUGUGAAAGGUCAGAUAAACCUGUCAAAGACAUCAGUGCUGGUUGUGGGCUGUGGAGGACUGGGCUGCCCCUUGGCACAGUAUCUAUCUGCGGCAGGAAUUGGGCGCCUGGGGCUGCUGGACUAUGAUGAGGUGGAGCUCAGUAAUCUUCACAGACAAGUGCUGCAUGGAGAGCGGAGCCAGGGUCAGUCUAAGGCUCUGUCUGCUGCCUCCGCUGUCAGGAGGUUGAACUCAACAGUCGAGUGCAUCCCUUACCAACUCCAGCUCACCUCGGAGAACGCCUUGCAACUUAUUCAACAGUAUGACAUCGUGGCCGAUUGUUCGGACAAUGUCCCCACUCGUUACCUGGUGAAUGACGCGUGUGUGCUCACUGGCACGCCACUUGUGUCAGCGAGUGCCCUGAGAAUGGAGGGUCAGCUGUCAGUAUAUAACUACCGUGGAGGCCCCUGUUACAGGUGUCUGUAUCCAGUGCCGCCGCCUGCAGAGACAGUGACCAACUGUUCUGAUGGGGGCGUGUUAGGAGUGGUUCCGGGGAUAAUGGGCUGCUUCCAAGCAUUGGAAGUCCUCAAGAUUGCGUCUGGACGAGGCUCUUCCUGCAGCCAGCAGCUGGUGAUGUUCGAUGCCCAAGAUACCAGAUUUAGGUCCAUAAAACUUCGGCCCAAGCAGGCCGGCUGUGCAGUGUGUGGAGAGAACCCCACUGUCACACAGCUGGUGGAUUAUGAGACCUUCUGUGGGUCUGCAGCCACAGAUAAGUGUCGCAGACUCACCCUCCUCUCCAAGGAUCAGAGGAUCUCAGUGCAGGAUUAUAAAUCAAUAGUGGACGAUGAAAUCUCCCACCUCCUGCUGGAUGUGCGCCCUCUUGUGGAAGUGGAUAUCUGCCACCUACCUUUUUCUCUCAAUAUUCCACUCUCAUGUUUAGAGAAGGGGAGUGAACAUAUCCAAUUACUAAAGGAGAGAGUCACCCAACUGAAACAGCAGAUGGCAGGUGACUGCCAGCCUACAGUAUAUGUGAUUUGUAAGAUGGGCAAUGACUCUCAGAAGGCAGUGCAUGUUCUGGAGAAGAUGAGUGGAUCAGAAAUGGACAAUAUCACUGUGAAAGACAUCAUUGGAGGCCUCAUGGCCUGGGCCAAGAAGAUAGACCCCACCUUUCCACAAUAUUAGCUCAUUCACACUGUUUCAUUUUUGUUUUAUUGUCAUUAAAAUUAGCUUUGUG